UAUAUCUCUAGCUACUAUCCAUCAAAAAUUUCGCCCAAACCAAACUUUGGUUUCGUGUGUUGUGCAAUUGAUAGGUUCUGCAAGCGGAGUUCCCUUCAGACCUUUCUGGACCGCGCAACGUCUCUCGCCCGUGGUGAUUUCGAUAAACGAAGAAAUUCUUUUCCCGGAAUAAACAAAAACAUUACAUAAUGCCGUUGCUGAGGUUGACGUCUGGUACUUUUGGGCAGCUGCGUACUUUCGCGACGUCGCAGGCUCUGGGCAAGCGAGUGAAGACUUUUGCGGUGUACCGUUGGAACCCGGACGAGCCCGACAAGAAGCCCUUCACCCAGAACUACCAGGUGGACUUGGAUGAGUGCGCUCCUAUGGUGCUGGAUGCGUUGUUGAAGAUCAAGAAUGAGAUGGACCCUACGCUGACGUUCCGCAGGUCGUGCCGCGAGGGCGUCUGCGGCUCGUGCGCCAUGAACAUCGACGGCGUGAACACGCUGGCGUGCAUCAGCCACAUUGACCAGAACCUGAGCAAGCCGACGAAGAUCUAUCCUUUACCGCACAUGUACGUCGUGAAAGACUUAGUCCCAGAUCUGACCAACUUCUACCGCCAGUACCAGUCCAUCGAACCGUGGUUGCAGCGCGACAAGGAGGCCGCUAAAGGUAAGGAAGUACAGCUUCUCCAGGAUGUUGAAGACCGUGCCAAGCUUGACGGUUUAUAUGAAUGUGUGCUCUGUGCCUGCUGCUCGACCAGCUGUCCGUCGUACUGGUGGAACGGAGACAAGUAUCUUGGCCCCGCUGUCCUUAUGCAGGCUUACCGCUGGAUCAUUGACUCCAGAGAUGAAGCCACUGCGAAACGCCUUUCAAAGUUGAAGGACACAUACUCUGUCUACCGGUGCCACACAAUCAUGAACUGCACACGAACAUGCCCGAAGGGCUUGAACCCUGGACGUGCUAUUGCUCAAAUCAAGACCUUGUUAUCUGGUAUUGUCAAGAAACAGACCCCGAUCAUGGACCCGGCUGGCCUGGAGAAGAAAGCGGCAACUAACUAAGCAUGGCAAGCAUUCUUUAGAAAAAUGGUUGUUGUACUUGUACUUAAGUAUACAUAACUAGGUUUAGGCAGAUUAGUAUUAUAAUCUCAUUCAAAUAAACCUAAAACUAUACAAAAUACAACAUAAGGUGCAAACUUCUCAAAUUCAUACUCAAAAUAAAAACAGUUCUGGGUUUUUCCUUGACUGUAUUGUCUUUAUGAAUACUUUUCUUAUAGCCCUAAAAAAAUUUACCGGCUGCUCCAUUUUUUUUACCAACUAUUAAGCAGUAAGAAGAAAGGUUAUCUAUCCUUAAGUUAUUUUUGUCUAUGGUUGCACCGUUUCAUAGUAAAUCAGGCAUUUACAUAGUUUUUUUUACACACAAAUGUUUACCUACUUUGUUGAUUAUUUUUAAUAGUUAUCAACUUCUCAGUACCUAAUUUAACCAAAAAGCCAUACUUUCUAAAGAUGUACGAAAUUAGUGAAAUUAAAAAGUAUUAUUUCAGAUUUUUUUUAUUGUUUAGAAGCUAUCAAAUCAUGAUCAUGUAAGUUAUUGCCAUGUGAUGUUAUUUAUUUCAUGUCUUUACGCCACCUUAGACAAGAUUAAGUAAAUGAUGUAAUUGUUUUAAAUAAAGGACUAUUUAUUUA